AUGUUUUUCAAUGGCAAUGAAAAGGGGAUCAACAACAACGGUCUCAUCUACACCAUCGUGGAAAAGGUACACGUAGCCGAUGUGAAAAAAGUCACCACGGAAAAUGGACAGCAAAUAGAUUAUCUUCACUUUUUAAGCAAACAGAAACGACUUCAUAAAUUGGAGAGGCUGCUAAACAGCCACGUGGUAAACACCCAAGUAGUAGUGACCAAUUUUGCGGAUGAUGCGGAGGAAGUUAUAAACUGCGAGUACAUGGACCAAUCUGUGUGGAGAAAUGAAAUGUGCUUCUUUUUAAAAAAUGUUUUUCUAUCAAGUUUUUUUUCAAGUGAAUAUGCGAAUGAUAUUGUUAGGGAGCACCAGCCAAGGGUCAUCUCCCUUAACAGUAAAUAUGACAACAAAAUAUACAUGAGUGGCAGCCGCGUCUACCUGUGCGUUAACGAUUUGACCAAGCUGAGGCUCACUUCGCAUAGGAAUGUGCUCAGGGAUAGAUUCAAAAUGAGCAACGUGGUGCUGCUGGAUGUUUGCAGCGGGGGGGAGGCAGCCAGCGGUAAGGCUGAGAAUGGGAAAGCCCCCAACGGGGAUGCGACGAACGGCCCUCUUCUUGGAGGCGAACCCCAAAGUGGAGACUCCAAAUUGAGGGAGAAAUAUCGCCAGUUUUUCACAGACAUGUACACAUACCCAGUGGACUUGAUCGGGAUAUACAACCACGGAACGGACCCCCAAAAAUUUAGUAAAAAAUUAAAAAAGGUUUUAACCCUUAACGGAUCGAAGGACGCCGAAGUUUUUGCACUCCCCGUUCAAUGGCAUGAAUGCUUUUACGAUGCGAGUGGGAAGAACUCAGCUUCGAAAAGUGCAAAGGGGGAAGGCCCACAUCCCUCCCCUUUUCUCUCACCUAAUCAGCAAUAUAACGUCCGCAACAACGAAAUGGACAAUUUAGCUAAUGCGUUUAGUAUGAACAGCGUGGCAGAUAUUUACAGCAGCAUUUUUUCUAACUCGUCUGUAAACGAGAAGGGGGCACCUGUGGAUAGCUUGGCUAACAUGUACAGCAUGUAUGUGGGGGCUGACUCGGGGCUCGACGUGGUGGUCAGUCCCAACAAUGUAACGCACAAUGAGUGGCGACAAAUCGGGGGGAAAAAUCCCGUAGGAAUGGCAAACCAAUUCAAUUACUUGGAUAUACAGACGAGGGAGAAGCCCCGGGGGGCGCAACCCGCCUACGAGCUCGAUGCGGGCUACAUAGAGAGGGAGUUCCUUUCCGGCCCCCCCCGGGAUGGGCAAGUCACAGAAGAAGGGGACAAUAGGCGUGGGGAGCAGCAUAAUGGGGAGCAGCACAAUAACGCUCAACAGAACGACGCUCAGCAGAGUAUGCCCCUUAACCCGGACGGCGUGGUGGACCUGCACGACCUGCUAGCGAGAGGCAAAGCCAGCAAAAAGAAAAAAACGUACGCACUGCAUGAUAAAACGUUUUACGUUAACUACGACUCGGGGGGAAGCAGCGAUGUGGAUUUAUCAGUCAUGCUCAGCGUAAGCUGCGGGGCAGCCAAUGGUGCAGAGCAAAAGGGGCAAACGGGUGGAAGCACAUUAAACAGCUCCACAGAUGGAGGGAUACUCAAAAAGUACUUAAAGGGGGAUCACCUCAAGGAGGAGAAAUUUGCGAACGGCGGAGAGUAUACUCGGGAGGGGGAGGCGCAGAGUCCCACCCAAAGAGUAAUCGAAAAGGGGGGAAACAAAACGCCAAGUGAGAAGCGGCGAGGGAAAAGGAACGCCCAAAAAAAUGACCACGCCGCUGCAAAAGAGGCCAAACUGCGAAAAAUCGACAAAGUGCUGAAAUUUAUAAAAUGCCAUAGGAACCUCUAUUAUAUGACCAACGAGAGUGUCCUUCAAAGGGAGCGUCUGUACGAUUUUAUGAGCUGCUCGUCGGAGGAGGACGCAGCAAGCGGGAUUACAAACGGGAUUGCACAGGGGAUCGCAAACGGGACUGCACAGGGGAACACCAUCGACGCUGUCGCUCAUGCAAAGGCCAGGCAGGACGAAAUUGCGAACUACCUAGUGGAGUACAUAGGGAGGAUCCUCCUGGAUGUAAAAAUAGAUCACAAGAAAAACGCACAUAUGCUUAUUAAAAAGGAAAGGGAUUUUUACCAAGUACAAAAAAUAAUUCUUACCAAUGGCAUAAUUAGCAGUAGCUGCAUUCGGGAUACUUGCAACUUCCUGAUUGGCCAACUGGUUAACAGGAAAGCGAGAGAGAGACGCAAGCUUUGCUACGUUGUGUCCUUCUGGGGAGAGUACUGCGGCUUCAUCCACUUUGACAAACCCUCGCAGGAGAUGUGCAGCCAGACCUGCAUCCACCUGUUUUUUUUCUGUUCCCCGGAGACCAUAUACGUGACGAUGAUGAAUACCCAAGACCGGGUGUUCUGAGGUCGUGGCGGGUACGCAGCAUUGCAGCCACCGUCUGUCCCCAGCUUUAAAAUUUCACUUGCGCCGGUUUGUAAAUUCGUGUGGGUGCGCGGCGCACACGUAGGUACGUGUGUGUGUACGGGCGUAUAUACGUGUGUAUGUACACAUGUGUAUGUGCGCGUGUAUGUGCGAGUGUUUUUUUUUUUUUUUUUUUAAUUCACCCGCGUGGGACGCGCCAUUCAGCAGUUUUAAUUUUUCGUUAAAUUUGUGUCGU